AUGGGUGCUGCAGAGUUUGUCAAUCUCUCCGGUGACAAGAUCGGUGAUCUUCAGUUUUCAAUUGACUACUUCGGCGUAGUGUCUUUGCAAAAAUCUAAGUCAUUGAUUGAACUCAAAGGAGUGUGUGUAGGUGAAGGCUAUCUGAUGCGUGCACAUCACAAUUGGUGUGGCAUCAACUAA